GCUCCCGUUCAGCCACGCGGAGGGUGGCCUGGGGCGCUGUCUGACCUCAGCCCCUCCCACACCGCCUGGCGCCUGGCGCGGCAUCCAGCCCUCCCACCCCGGCCCACCGGCUGCCUCUCUUCUCCUCCUCAGACCGGAAUCCGCGGCAGCCGUGCUUUCCCCGCCGCUCACCCAGAUCUCCUGGAGCCAAAAAAGGGGUGGGGUGGUGGUGGUGACCGAGAACCCCAUUAGUAUUCUGGGGACCCUGGCGGGAUGAAUGGCAGGGGUCAGCGUUUCCGGGCGUCCUCCGGGCUGACCCUGACCUGGCCACAAGGACCACAGUACCAGAAAGUUCUUCCAGAACUUUACCCGACCUAGUAUGGAUCCCUUUCCACCCCUCAGCAGCAGCUACGAUUUGAACUAUGAGCUGCACAGGGACUACGUCCCCUACAGGGUAUAUGGAUACCAGAGGAUCCCUCCACUCAUCAACCAGGUGUCCACUAAGUUCCGGAGGAGCUUUGUGGGCCUGGGGGUCAAGAGUGGCUACAGCCCCUACAAGGCCUCUAGGAGCAGACCCCUGCCCCCUGAGCAGAUAAAGCCAGUGCACACCGAGGAGCUGCACUCCAUCCGGGGGGAGCUGAGCCAGAUCAAAGCCCAGGUGGACAGGCUGCUGGAAAGUCUGGAGCACAUGGACCAGCACAGAGCCCAGACUGCAGGAAUAAAUGACAGUGACAAGAACAAGGUCCUUGGUAAUGAGGGCUGCUCAUGUAGAACUACGGAGGUCCAACAGGAACCCGGGGACCAGAGGGGCUAUCUGGAGACUGACAGCUCAGAGGGAAGCACAGCCACAGAGCAGGCAGUGCAAAAUCAAACAUCUGACCAGGAGGGCAGCCAGUAGCAAGUGAGAACACCAGGCUCAUCAGCUCCAUGUCUUCCUGCUUGGCGCCCUGCCCCUCCUUGUUUCCUUCCUGAAAGCCUCCAGGUGUUACCCAUGCAACCUGAGCACCCAUUCUAGCACCAGGACAGUGGAAGUGAAGGCAUAGUUCAGGCCGGAAAGCUUCUGUAGUGUUGGGUUUAGCUUUGCCAAUUGUGUCCAUAAACCUGGGGUUAGCAAUGCUGGAGGGAGGCUCUGAAUGGCCCAGCAGCAUCCUCACAAAGCUGAGGCCUAGAGUGUCGGAGGCACCCUGGGAACACAGGGAGCACCACCAGCCUCCUGAAUGCAGACACUCCCUCAGCGGCUGCCCUCCUUGUCCCAAGCACCACAGCUCACAGCAGCCAGCCCAGCUUCCUCCAGCUGGUGGUGAAGCACAUUCGUGAUCCUCCAUUUUAACAACCAGCUGUUUAAGGCCCACGGCAUAUGCCCCACCUAAGCCACUUGGCUUCCAGACUCUGUCCCUCCCCAGCCAUCCUUUAGAAGGGGAGUACCAUGUGCUGUUUCUACUUUGUCUUUCAUUAGUACACUAUGUAUUUCAGAUCUGCUCUAGGAAAAUGUUAAAUGUCCUAAGGGGGGGAAAAAAAUAAAAGAUGCACUUCUUCCUGGUCA